AUGGGCGAAGUGUUACGCAAUAUCGUUCAACAGCUGAAUUCCCAACCAUUUAACAAGAAUAUAAAUAUUAUAAGUCUAGAUGCUCUUGAAUCCGUGCAGCUGGUUCAACUUGUGAAUGACGUACUUACCGAAAUCGAUCCAAGACACCAGAUAGAUAUACGCGAAGAGUCAGCUGACCAAACGGCUAUCAGAAUCUACGAAACGCUAAGGGUUUACCGAUACAAAUUCCCUACCGAUGCACAGGAAAUGAGUGAAUUUCGGAAAGGUCUAGUUUUGGGAGAGAAAACAGUCAUCUACCCCAUCUUAGAAUGGUUGCUCCAAAGAAUCCCAGAACUCAAGAAACGGGCAUACUUGGCUAGAUUCCUGAUCAAGUUGCAAGUACCGAAUGUUUUUAUGCAGGCAGAAGAAAUAAGCGAGUUAUACCAGCAAUAUACCACACUUUUGGAGACAUUCAAGACAAUCCACCACCGGCUAGAUUCUCUUAGAUCUAGUGGUCUCUCUACAUUGGAAUUAAAGAAGGACAUCACUACCAUGCAGGAUGAGAAGGAGCAACUGCUCAAGCGUGUGAACAGAACUAAGAAAAAGUUGGAGGCCUUUCCAACAAACAUGACUAUGCUGGAAAUGACUCGAAAACUUCGCAUAGAGAGAGAAAAGGAGAUAAAAGUUUCAAAACAAAUCCAUGAACAGAAAACCUCGAUUGCAACCCUUGGUCAGCACAUCCAUCGUAUUCGACAGCAUAUAAAGGAGGUGUGCAAGGCUGCACUUCGAUCUACACCCCAAGCUCUUAUGCAGCAAUUGGAACAGGAAGUCCGGGUGAACCAAUACAUGGUCUCUGAAAAACUACCCAACGAACUGGAAACUCUCAGACGAUAUAUUAAUGACUUGAACAGCGUGAUAUCCCAACCCACUACAGGACAGUCUUUUUUGGAUCAACUAAACCAACAGGUAAAGGAAACUACUUGUCAGUCUAACCGGUUGAUUGAGAAACGCAUGGCUUCGACUGAACUCUUGGAUGAUAAAAUUUCCAUGUUCCGUCAACAAGCAACCAUCGUAUCGCGUAAAAAGGCUGUGGCAGCAGAGGCCCUUGCUGUAGCGAGAGACAGUUUAGCGACGAUUGAGCGCCGUCUAGCAGAAACCCGGGUUCAAUUGGCUCAGAUCAAUGGAGCAGCUGGAGAACACACUGGUGGGUCCGGAGAUGCUGGAAGCGGAGGACCAUGGGAGACGCGUCCAAGUGGACCCAAAAUGCUGAAAACUGAUGAGUUUCAACGUUACGUAAACAAAUUACGAGGGAAAAAUGCAGUGUACAAACAGAAGCGAGCGCAACUGUGUGAACUACGCACAGAACGAGGUAUUCUGACUAGGACGCUGGAGCGCCUUCGAAUGGAGGACGAGGAGGCGAAAAGAGCUGUUGGCGUUGCUGAAGUUGCUCAAGGAAUCGCUGGUUAUUGGGAGACACAGACUACGAUGCAAAAAGUAUCGGAACAAAUGUCUUGCCUCAAUCAGCGUAAGGGGGAUAUGCUGAACGAAAUGUCAUCGAUGGUCCAACAACUGACAUCACGGAUUAACACAAAGCGCAAUCAGCUAGCUCCAAUUUUACAUGAACUCCGACCCCUACGUCAACGAAUUCAGGAGGUUAGUAGGAUGCACGGAGAAAAAAAAGCGGCCUACGACGCGCUGGCUGCCGGUCAAGAAUCUCAAUGUGUAAGGUUAGAACAAGAAUUCCGGGCUUCACGUGAGACUCGAAAAGUGGAGGAAUCUCGUUUCUUUUACCUACACGCAGCUACGGGGAUCACCCAAAAUCAGCAACGCCGAUUGCACGAGGAAAUCCGAGGUUACCUUGCCGGUGGAAACUUAACAGGACCAGUCACUGCCGAAGCCAGCAGAAGUGGCGCAACAGAACGAGCCCAAACUUACCGCGAAAUAUAUACCCGAAAAAUCAAUGAGCAGGAAGCAACCACGAAGUCCUUGAAAGAGGAACAAAAACAAUUGCUGGAACGUGAAACGAAUGGUUACAGACAGGUGAAGCUUUGGAAUGAUUUAGCUCUCUUGAUGGAAGCCAAAGCGGUGACGAGAGAGGAAGCAGAAGCACGUCAGAGAGCUGGAGGAGAAUAUGCCGAUGUGAAACAAAUCGAGGAAGAUAGAAUGCUUUUGUGAAGUAAAAUGGCUGUCAUAUCAACCAUAAAAUAAACUGUAAUGCAUUGCCAUUGUAGUCUGCAGUUAAACCAACUGUGAUGAAAAUAUGAGAAGCAGAAUCUAUCGUUUCGUUGGUC